CCAUACAUCUCUUGUCAGAAUCUCUUUCAGAGAUGUACCGGCCAACCCUGCUGGCGCUGGCCGUGCUGCUCUGCUGUUCACUUUUGGUGAAUGGAGGCAAAGUAUUGGUGUUCCCUGUAGACGGGAGCCACUGGGUCAACAUGAAAAUCCUCAUUGAGGAGCUUCACUCCAGAGGCCAUGAAGUCACAGUGAUGCGUUCAUCUGACAGCUGGUACAUCAAGGCAGAGUCAAAUCACUACAAGUCCAUCACUAUAAAUUCUCCUAUUGGCUUUGAUCCAGAAACUUUUGGCUCAUUUGUAACCAGAAUGUUGAACAUGCGGCGGGAAGGCGCCUCAAUUUGGACUCGUAUGUCUCUGGAGUAUGAAAUGGUGAGACAGUUCUCUCAGGUGAAUAAGCAGGUGGUGGACAUGACGGUUGAUGUGUUUGAGAACAAGAAAUUGAUGCAGAGCCUCAAUGACACCAAAUAUGAUUUGGUUCUGACGGAUCCUGCAAUAGGUGGAGGGGUGCUUCUGGCUCACCGUUUGGGUCUUCCACUUGUCUUCAAUGCGAGGUGGACUAUUCAGGGUGAGGCACAUCGUUCAAUUGCUCCUUCCCCAUUGUCUUAUGUCCCAAUCCCAAUAUCAGAGCUGACUGACAAGAUGACAUUUUCUCAGCGGGUCAAGAACUUCCUUUUCUAUUUCUUCACACGUAUCCAAAUUAAGUAUGUCGCAGACCCAAACUAUCAACCAUUUGUCGAUCAUUAUUUCGGCCCUGAUGUCCACUACAUGGAGCUGUUCCAAGCAGCAGACAUCUGGUUGAUGAGGAAUGAUUUUACUUUUGAGUUCCCACGCCCCACAAUGCCAAACGUCGUCUACAUGUCAGGAUUUCAGUGCAAACCCUCCAAGCCCCUCUCUAAAGAACUAGAGGAUUUUGUCCAGAGCUCUGGUGAACAUGGUAUCAUUGUUAUGACAUUGGGCACCCUGGUGGCAAAACUUCCUGAAGACAUGACUGAGGACAUUGCUGCUGCCUUUGCCCAACUCCCUCAGAAGGUUAUCUGGAGGCAUAAAGGCAAAAGACCAUCAUCCCUUGGCAACAACACCUUGAUUGUGGACUGGCUGCCUCAAAACGACCUGCUGGGUCAUCCUAAGACCAGAGUGUUUGUAGCCCAUGGAGGCACCAAUGGUGUUCAGGAGGCCGUUUACCACGGUGUUCCCCUGGUCGGCCUUCCCCUCAUGUUUGACCAGCAUGACAACUUCUUCAGGAUGGAAAUAAGAGGUGUGGCCAAAGUGUUGGACAUUUCAACUCUAAACAAAGACAAUUUCCUGCAGGCACUGAAGGAGGUGCUCUAUGAGCCGUCCUACAGGGACAAGAUGAAGGCGCUUUCAAACCUACAAAGAGAUCAGCCCAUGAAACCCAUGGAUCGUGCCAUGUUCUGGAUUGAGUUUGUCAUGAGACACAAAGGAGCUCCACAUCUAAGGACAGAUUCUUACAAGAUGUCCAAGAUCCAGUACCACUCAAUUGAUGUGGUGGCAUUUCUAUUGGCAGUUGUUCUGCUAGUUUUAAUCAUUUACAUUGCAGUGGUUAAGUUUUUGUGGCGAAGGGUGUUUUCUAGAAGCAAAGUCAAAAAGGAAUGAUGAAUGUGCUGCAACAUAGUUGUGUUAUUCUCCCUUUUGUCUAGAAGGUAAUUUCUAGUAAGGAAAUCAUUUCAAAUGUGUUCUGUUUUUUAGUCAGAGUCAUAUACAUUGUAAAAGCAGUUUCCAGAUACAAGGCUCAAUUGAUCCUCAGUGAAUGUUUUUCAAAUCAAGAACUACUAGUUUAGCAGGAGUACAGUCAAAUCAGAUAUUUCAGUUUUAUAUACAAAACCAAAAUAAUUUUACGAGGUAUAUAGAUGAGGAAAUAUUGUGUUAAUGGGUUUUUAAUUGUUCUUGUUUCUGAAAUUGACUGAAUAUUGGGGUAGUAAACAAAUUUGGAAUAGUAGUUUAUGAAUUACACGAGUUAAUGUAGUAGUAGAGACAAAGGGGUAGGAAUUUGUAAGUAUAUUCUUCUUGCAAGUCAUUUUCAAACAUUGUUAUUCUUGUUUUCUCUAUUCACUUUAUUCAUCUGUUUUUAUUUUCAUGUUCAAAAUAAAUGAAUAAAUAUCAAAUUCAAAGAUAACUGCUCAGAGUCAGUACAGUUUUUUUUAAUUAUAACGUAUCUAUUUUCUGUGUCUUUAUGUUUACAUGUUUGAAAAGUAAAUUGACCUGUUCUCUAUAACUCAAUAACUGUAAAGCCUUGUUAAGAAUUAGAGAUCUAAAAUCCAUACAUC